GCCUAUUAUUAUCGUAGGACAGAUUCUAAAAUUGUAACUAAAUUGAGGAACUUGAGAGAUAGUGGAGAAUGGAGAUGGAUGAAGCUUGGCGGCUCGUACUUAGGUACUUGACUCGGCGCUGGCCAUUGUAUUGAUUGUGCGAUGGCCUAGUCAUUCCUAUAUUUCAUACAGACAGACUACACAAUACCAAAUUAAGUAUUUAUCAUCCCUCAAUUAGUAGAGGUCGAAUGCUCACAUGAAUACGAGGCGCUCCAAGUUCGUUCAUCAGCAAGGAUGCUCUCGCAACGCGGCACAUCGAGAGCGGGGUUUUUCGAUAUCCCCUGGCGAUACGCCCCAACGCAGACAUACGACAGGGAAAAGAAUCCUGAUGGUCUAAUCUCCUUUGGAAUGGCAGAGCAUGUAGGUACCCAUGCGGAAAGAGAUUGUGAAAUUUACAACGAAAAGGUCAUAUUCACAGAGGACAGCAUUGGGUAUCGCGCGAAACCACCCUCUGCUACCCGUCUUCCUACAGCUCUCGCAGCGCACAUUAAUAAGAAUUUCAAUCCUUACUCCCCUGUUGACCCAAACAAUGUCUUGACAGUCAGCAGCCCAACUGCUCUAGGAGGCAUGCUGGGUUUUACGUUAGCAGAACCCGGAGAUGGUAUUCUUGUUAGUCGGCCUAUGUACGGCCGUUUCGAGCUGGAUUACGGCGUCGAGGCGGACAUCAAGAUCAUCUAUGCAGACACAGAACCCGAAGAGAGCUUCACGCCUGCCGUUGUUCGCAAAUAUGAGGUUGCUCUGAAGGAGGCUGAGCAGAAUGGGGUAAAGAUUCGAGCAGUCUUAAUCGCAAAUCCGAAUAAUCCCGUUGGCCGCUGCUAUCCAGUUGAAACAUUGAAAGAGAUCUGUAGAUUCUGCCAGAAACACCAGAUCCACCUCAUCAGCGACGAGGUAUACGCUCUUUGUGUCUUCGAUUCCGGUGACGCAGACGCAGUUCCGUUCUCCUCUAUCCUAUCUCUCGACUUCUCCAACUUGAUAGAUCCAAACCUCGUGCAUUUCAUGUACGGAUUCAGCAAGGACUUCGCAUCAGGUGGCUUACAUCUCGGUUUCCUAAUCUCUCAAAACAAGCAGCUUCUUCGCGCCUGCAAAGCUAUCUUGAGACUCCACGCCGCAUCCGGUGCAGCAGUCACCAUCGGAGCCGCUAUUCUCGAAGAUCAAGAAUUCGUCUCGAGUUUCAUCUCCAAAGCCCGCCAGAGUCUUGCAUCACGCUACCGUAUCGCGACAUCGACUCUCGACAAGGCAGGAAUCCGAUACGUCAAAGGAGGGAACGCUGGUUUCUUCAUCUACAUCGAUUUAUCUCCCUACCUGCCUCCUGAAUCAGCAGAAAAUCCUUCCCAUCAGAAAAGGGAAUUUGCUCUCGCGCAGAAAUUACUCGAUGAGGGUGUGUUUCUGCAUCCGGGAGAGGAACACGCUGCGAAUCCGGGCUGGUUCCGACUUGUUUUUACGCAGGAUGAAGAUAUUCUUAGAGAGGGGUUGAGAAGGCUUAUAAAUGCUGUCAAAGGGCAGGACAGAAACGGGUCUUUUGGUAACUAAAUUAUGCGACUUGCAUCCAAGACUAGAAAUUCUACAUAGAAGUAAGUUUUGGCCAAAUAAAUAAAAAAGAC